AUGCCGGCGCAGAAGUCCUGCCCCGGGGCAGCCUCCCACAGCGGGGCUCACCGCUACCAGAGGCGCUUCUGGAACAUUCUUUCCAACUUUGCAGACGCUCUCCGGUGGCCACACAGCCUGACUGCUGCCAGCUCCGACAUCUCAUCUCACCCGCGUGGAAAAGAAGCGGCGAUUGGCCAGCAGCGCGCGCGAGCGCCCGCGGCCCGCCCCCUUGCAGCAGUGCCCCGCCCACCGGUUGACAGGGAUGCAAGUCUGGCCUGCAAGUUGGAACAAGGAGGUGAGGGCGCCCAAAGACUCAGACCCUCCAAAACUGGUGACUGUUACCCCAGACUCGGCGGCGGCCCGACGCUCCACGUAGUUGAGUCCUGGCCCAAGUCGGCUCCCCCAGGCCACUUCCCACCCUCAGCCACCCACAACCUCCUGGCAGCCUCCGGGAGGCAGAGGUGCCCACAGCCCCUCGCCGAGGUGCCCGGGGCGCCACGUGCCAAGAG